AUGGCUGUCGCCACUGUGUCUACCCUGUUGCGCUGGCUGUUUAAAUUCUACUGCAAGGCCUUUCUUCUCUCCUGGGGAAGUCGCAUCCGCUACCACGGCAAAAAGCCUCAAGUGUCUGAACCCCACAUUUUUGUCGCUAAUCACACAUCCGUGAUUGACUACCUCGUGCUCAGUGCCCAUGACUUUCCUCAUGCGACCGUGGCUCAAAAGCAUGGUGGGGUGAUUGGGUACUUUGAGGACAAGGUGCUCACGUUGAAUGGAUCGCUCAUGUUUAAUCGGAAUGAAAAGAAUGAUCGGAGUGUUUUGGCCGAAAAAAUGCGCCAACACGUCCAAAACCCCAAAAACGUCCCCCUCCUCAUCUUCCCCGAAGGCACCUGCGUCAACAACGAAUACACGGUUCUCUUCCACAAGGGCGCCUUUGACCUCGACGCCGCCGUCGCCCCCGUCGCCAUCAAAUACAACAAACGCUGGGCAGACGCUUAUUGGCACAGUAAAACUCAAACCUUUACCAAGCACCUCUUGUAUCUUAUGACGCGGUGGGGGUUGGUGGCGGAUGUGUGGUAUUUGCCGCCGAGAACGAGAAAGCCUGGUCAGUCGGCGGUGGAGUUUGCGAAUGAGGUCAAGGCGGAGAUUUCGGCUGUUGCGCACUUGAAGAAUUUGAGCUGGGAUGGGUAUUUCAAGAACUUUGCACCGGCAAAGGAAAAGCAAGUACGGUUGCAAGAGCACCCUCAAACGCGCUACGGCGUCGUCCUCAUGAACCGCAUGCGUAAUCGACCCACUCCGGAUCGAAUGGGCCACCUACGCCGCUCUGCCAGCAUCUCCAUUGGCGCAGAAGCCUCCCUCAAGGCAUCGCGAGACGUGGCGUACGCGAAACCCGACUGGAUGGACCCCACCAAAGAGUCGACCACGGUCAAGAAUGAGAUACUCGUCGCCCUCGAGGACCACCGGUCAACGGAAAUGAUUGAUGAAAUCUCGCACAAAAAGAAUGACGUUGUCAAAACAUGGAAACGAUACACAAAGAUGCGUUCGGCCGAUGUCAUUCAGCGACGCAUUGAAAACAGUUCAUGGCGACUCUGGUUUAAACGGCGCAUCCAGCAGGAAGCCAGCCGAGAAAAGGGCCUGACGCAUACACUCGAUGACGAGGAAUCCUUGUCCCUCUCCAUGUUGAGCGCCUAUAACCUCAUGGCCUACUUUCCACCUUCCCUCUUUUCACCGCCCGUCGAAAGCAGCCGACCUCGCAGUCGGAGUAUGGGCACCCGGCCCCUUCGAUCGACCGGGUUCCCCUGGAAUGGCAUGGAAGACUCGCUGUCGGAAUCGGAUUGGAAACGGGGACAUGCUCCCAUGGUUCCGGCGCGUUAA